AAUGUCGUAUGGUGGACACGACCCGAAUGGGUACGGUGUCGAGGAUCUUGUUCUUCUCUCGACGAUCGACUUGAAAAGUGUGGUACAGAAUUUGCAGUUGCGAUUUCAAAAAGGACGAAUUUAUACAUAUAUUGGAGAGGUGUUGGUCGCCGUCAAUCCAUACAGACAACUUGGGAUUUACGAGAAAAGCACUGUGGAUCAGUAUAAGGGCCGUGAGAUCUAUGAACGUGCUCCCCAUGUCUUCGCAAUCGCCGAUGCAGCCUAUCGAUCCAUGAAACGAUUCGGCAGAGAUUCCUGUAUCGUAAUCUCUGGUGAAUCUGGAGCUGGAAAAACUGAAACCAGCAAGAUUAUAAUGAAGUAUCUGGCUGCUAUCACAAAUGUCAGGCAACAAGGAGAAAUCGAAAGAGUCAAAAAUGUACUUCUCCGUUCCAAUUGUAUUUUGGAAGCUUUUGGAUGUGCAAAAACGACAAGGAAUGAUAAUUCAUCAAGAUUCGGAAAGUAUAUGCAUAUCAAUUUUGAUUAUGAUGGAGAUCCGGUUGGAGGAAAUAUUUCAAAUUAUUUGCUGGAGAAAUCCCGAGUAGUUCGUCAACAGGAAGGAGAACGAAACUUCCACGUGUUUUAUCAACUGGUGAACGGUGGAGAUGAUGGACUUUUGAGACAGUUUGGACUUACAAAAGAUGCAAAGCAAUACUAUUUCCUGAAUCAGGGACAAUCACAUAAGGUCGCAUCGAUCAAUGACUCUCGAGAUUUCGCCGAAGUUCAAACAGCCCUUCGAUCUAUUCACACGUUCGAUAAACAAGAUGUAGAGAGCAUGUGGUCAGUGAUUGCCGGUUUAAUUCAUCUUGGAAAUGUCCGAUUCAUAGACGGUGAAAACUCAUCUGGAGCAGUUCAUAUUGCUGAAAAAGCGGCUCUCCAAAAUGCAGCAAGAUGUCUGAAUGUGACUCCAGAUGAGCUUGCGAAGAGUCUAUCGUCUCAAGUUGUGGCGGCUCAUGGAGAUAUUGUGAAGAAGCAACAUGAUGUGAAUGCUGCUUAUUAUACAAGAGAUGCGUUGGCCAAGGCUCUCUACGAACGUCUCUUCUCCUGGAUGGUUUCAAAAGUCAACGAAGCGAUCAGUGUUCAGAACAGCUCCCGUUACAGUAAAUCCCAUGUCAUCGGUGUACUGGAUAUCUAUGGUUUUGAGAUCUUUGGAACUAACAGUUUCGAGCAAUUAUGCAUCAACUAUUGUAAUGAGAAAUUGCAACAAUUGUUCAUCGAAUUGGUGUUGAAGCAGGAGCAAGAAGAGUAUGAGAGAGAAGGCAUUAAAUGGGUCAAAAUUGAAUAUUUUAAUAAUAAGGUUAUCUGUGACCUUGUGGAAAUCCCUCGUACAGGAAUCCUCUCGAUUCUUGAUGAAGCAUGUGCUAGUAUUGGUAAUGUCACUGACAAGGUGUUCUUGGGAGAAUUGGACAAGAAACUGAAAAGUCAUAAGCACUAUACAAGCAGAAAUUUGAAACAAAGUGACAAGUCAAUGGGCUUCGAAGAAUUCAAGAUUACUCAUUAUGCUGGUGACGUCACGUAUUCUGUGAUGGGAUUCAUGGAUAAGAAUAAGGAUACAUUGUUCCAGGAUUUGAAGCGUUUGCUUUAUCAUAGCAAGAAUCGUCUCGUCAAGUCAUUGUUCCCUGACGGUUCUAAAUCGAUGGCCGAGGUGAAUCGACGUCCUCCAACAGCUGGAUUCUUGUUUAAAAACUCUAUGAGUGAAUUGGUGAAGCAAUUGGCACAAAAAGAACCACAUUAUAUUCGAUGCAUCAAACCGAAUGAAGAGAAGAAUUCGAAUGUUUUCGAUUUGGAAAGGGUUGAGCAUCAGGUCAGAUAUCUUGGCCUCCUCGAGAACGUCCGUGUCCGUCGUGCUGGUUUCGCCCAUCGUAUGCCAUAUGAUCGGUUCGUCAAUCGAUACAAACUGAUUUGUGCGUCAACUUGGCCAAAUCCUCGUCGAGGACAACAACUCAAAGACAGUUGCAUGCAGAUUCUGGAAUCUGCCGGAUUGGCUCAAGACUGUGUACAAGGACGUACAAAGAUCUUCAUCAGAAGUCCCCAGACAGUAUUCCGGCUGGAAGAACUUCGAACUGAGCAACUGCCGAAUGUAAUCACAUUCUUGCAAAAAAUGGUCCGCGGAGUGCAACAACGUGAGAGAUACCGACGAAUGUUGGCUGUUAGGAAGAUCAUUGGAGCCUAUAGAAGAUACAAAUUGAAGUCAUAUAUCUGGCAGUUGAUCAAUGCAUUCAGAGAUGUUCGCCGAAUGCGAGAUCUCGGAAAGUCAAUCCGCUGGCCUGCUCCACCACUAGUCCUUGCUCAAUUCGUUUCCCGGCUCCGUGUGAUGCAUCAGAGAUGGAGAGCGGCAACAAUUCUCGCUAGAAUGCCACCUCACCUACGAGCAAGUCUUCCGCAAAAAAUUGCCGCAUUUGAAGUGCUCAACAAUAAAAAAGAAAACUGGGGUUACACCAGAAUGUGGAGAGGAGACUAUCUUUCGCAGCAAGAAGAACUUGAGCUCCCAACAACUGUAUCAACGUAUCACGAUGGAAUCCAAGCCCUCCGACAAAGCCAUCCAUUUGGAAAAGUGUUAUUUUCUACAUAUGUUCAAAAGUUCAACAAGUUCAACAAAAGCUCACUGAGAGUUCUUAUUGUGACUGAUCGAUUUGUGGCAAAAUUGGAAAACAAAAAGUUCAAAUUGCUCAAAGAGCCAAUUCCAUUGCAGUCGAUAUCUCGAAUUUCGGUUUGCGCAGAAUCGAAUGGCCUUUUCGUGAUUCAUGUUGGCGAUAACGACAUUGUCGGAUGUGCAAAGAACACGAAAAAUGAGGAGAGAGUCGGAGAAAUGAUUGGCACUUUGUUGGCUCAUUAUGACAAAAUUACAAUGCGACGUUCCCCAGUCCUGAUUCAAUCCGCCGUCGUGUGCACAUUGGGCGGAAAAACCCGUACAAUUCGUGUGUUUGAUGCCGAGAACAACAACGUGCCUCCAGUUUUCAAGAAGAAUGGAAAUGACGUGGAUUUGAUCUGCCAUCAGUUGACUGCUCAAGUUGCUUGAUUUCCCUUGAAUUUGUUUUUUUUCCUAUUUCCAAAAUUUUAAUGUAUUGCCAGUUUUAUUAUCGACGGUUAGUUACUUCCUCUCCCAUCCCCUUCACCUCUGCCUUUUUCUCAACAAUUACUAUUUUUUCAUUUUUCUCCCGGAAUAAGUCUAGUCUAUUGCUCUUCCUUUUUUACAUGCUCAUUAAUUUUUAAUGAUUUUUCGAAUGUUUGAUUGUAUUCCUUAUUUAUGUAAUAAAUAUGUUUAUUUUC